CACAGCUCCCGAGUACAAGCCAAAGGAGUGUUUUGCUAUGAUUGAGAGCUAGAGAAAGCAAGCAAGCAUGGCGCCACCUCUGCAACCAGCUGAAGCAGAUAAUUACAGCAAGUGUCUAACCAAGAUGUUGUUGUCGUGUCUACUUCUUCUUAUAUUGCUUCUCCCCAACAUUGUUGUGUCUCAAACAAUCAUUAACACCCUGCCGGGCUUUCCCGGUGAUCUCCCUUUCAAGCUUGAAACCGGGUACGUAGGAGUGGGGGAGUUGGAUGAUGUGCAGCUUUUCUACUAUUUCGUUGAGUCUGAGAGGAGUCCAAAAGAUGACCCUCUAGUGCUUUGGCUCACCGGAGGCCCGGGUUGUUCUGCCUUUUCCGGUUUAGUCUAUGAAAUAGGUCCGCUUUCAUUUGACUAUACGGAAUCCAGCAGGGGCUCCCCGACAUUUAAAUUGAACCCAUACUCCUGGACAAAGGUUGCCAACAUAAUAUUUGUAGACGCACCCGUGGGCACUGGAUUCUCAUAUGCAAAAAGUUGGGAAGGAUACAACGUGACUGAUACAUUAUCAGCAGCACAAACCUAUGAGUUUAUAAGGAAGUGGCUUAUGGCUCACCCAACAUUCCAAAGAAACCCACUCUACAUUGCUGGUGAUUCUUAUUCGGGCAUAGUUGUCCCAAUUAUUGUUGAAAAAAUAUCUGAAGGUAAUGAAGCUGGACGUAAGCCUGCUAUGAAUCUCCAAGGAUAUGUGCUUGGUGACCCAACCACAGUUCCACAUGAUGACUACAACUCCAGAAUUCCUUUUGCUAACCGGAAGACGCUUAUAUCAGAUGAGCUCUAUGAGUCAAUCAAAACGAACUGCAAUGGCGAGUAUAUCAACAUAGAUCCAACCAAUACGCCAUGCGUAAAAGAUCUUACCACAGUGACAGAGUGCAUCAAAAAGAUAAAUGUAGCACAUAUAUUAGAACCUAUAUGUAGUUUACUGUCACCAAGACCUGUUGGAUCAAAGUGGGAUCCAAGCCUCGGAGAGGAUUCUGUAGACCUCCUUACUGUUCCUCAAAUUUCUAAACCAUGGUGUCGGAGCUAUAACUAUCUGUUCUCUUACAUUUGGGCCAACAACAAAACUGUUCAAGAUGUUCUUGGCAUCCACGAGGGGAGAAUAAAAGAGUGGACAAGAUGCAAUGCAAGCUUAUCUUACACGGACAAUGUCUUCUCUGUUCUUAAUUACCACCGAAACCUCAUCAAGAAAGGGUAUAGAAUGUUAAUUUACAGUGGUGAUCAGGACAUAGUUAUUCCCUAUGUGGGCACUCACGCAUGGAUAAAAUCUCUAAAUUUGACUGUUUCCGAAGAUUGGGAGCCAUGGUUUGUUGAUGGGCAAGUUGCAGGGUACACAAUGGAAUAUUAUUACAAAAAGUCCCGCUUGACAUAUACAAUUGUGAAGGGAGGAGGCCACACAGCUCCUGAGUACAAGCCCAAGGAGUGUUUUGCUAUGGUUGAUAGGUGGUUUGCUUACUACCCUCUCUAG